UCAGCGCAGCUCUAGUCUGGAGAGGCUGUCACUGCGCUCGGCUUCAUCAUCAUCAUCUUCCUCCUCAUCACCGAAAACACACACACACGCACGCACGCGGAGCGGGUCGCCAGCGCUCGGAGCCGCUCAUGAUGCGCAGGAUUCGGGCCAACGCCAUCCUCAUCCUCACCGUGGCCUGGAUCCUCGGCACCUUCUAUUACCUGUGGCAGGACAGCAAACCCUCCUCUUCAUCCUCCUCCUCUUCCUCGGGCUCCCAGCUGAAGAUCCACGGGCUGAAGUCCUCCUCCGGGAGGCUGGAAGAGCGCACUCUUCCUCUGAUCGUGACUCAUGCACCAAAGGUGGAGCAGCAGGGUCAACUCUUGGGCUUGUUCGAUGAGAAGGCGUUUCUGUCCAGUAAGCAGCUGAAGGCAGGUGAGGAUCCUUACCGGGAACAUGCGUUCAACCUGCAGGAGAGCGACCGGCUGGGGAGCGAACGCGCCAUCAGAGACACACGCCACUAUCGAUGUGCCUCUAUGACCUUUGACCCUGACCUGCCGCCCACCAGCAUCAUCAUCACUUUUCACAAUGAGGCGCGCUCCACCCUGCUGCGCACUAUUAAAAGUGUACUGACGAGAAGCCCGCCUCAUUUGAUACAGGAGAUCAUUCUCGUGGACGACUUUAGCUCCGACCCUGAUGACUGCCGACUGCUCGCUCAGAUCCCAAAGGUGCGCUGCCUGAGAAAUGAACGCCGGGAAGGUCUGAUCCGGUCUCGUGUCCGAGGAGCGUCUGCGGCUUCGGCCUCCAUCCUCACGUUCCUGGACAGUCACUGUGAGGUCAACACAGACUGGCUUCAGCCCAUGAUCCAGAGAGUCAAAGAGGAUCACACUCGUGUGGUCAGUCCCAUCAUCGAUGUCAUCAGCCUGGAUAACUUUGCGUAUCUGGCGGCGUCUGCAGACCUGAGAGGAGGUUUCGACUGGAGUUUACACUUCAAAUGGGAGCAGAUUCCUAUCGAACAGAAAAUGGCAAGAAACGACCCAACACAACCAAUCAGGACCCCUGUAAUUGCUGGAGGGAUCUUCGUAAUGGAAAAAGGCUGGUUUAAUCGUCUGGGCCAGUAUGACACUCACAUGGAUAUUUGGGGUGGUGAGAACUUUGAGCUGUCAUUCAGAGUGUGGAUGUGUGGCGGCAGUCUUGAGAUCCUGCCCUGCAGUCGCGUGGGACACGUCUUUAGGAAACGCCAUCCCUAUGACUUCCCAGAGGGCAAUGCACUCACCUACAUUAAGAACACGCGGAGAGCGGCUGAGGUCUGGAUGGAUGAGUAUAAACAGUAUUACUACGCCGCUAGACCGUCAGCGCAGGGAAAGGCCUUUGGGAGUAUUGCAGAUCGGCUUGCACUACGACGGAAGUUGAACUGUAACUCUUUCCGCUGGUAUCUUGAGAAUGUGUACCCUGAACUCAAAAUCCCAGAGCAGGAGGAGGUGUACAGUCUCCUGAAGCAGGACGGGUUGUGUCUGGAGAGCCACGGCACAGACAGUCUGGGUUUGGCCGAGUGUAAGACCACCCCGAGCAUACCGGCCUCACAGAAGUGGACCCUGAUUGAACCACAGAUCCGUCAGCAUGACCAGUGUUUGACCAUCACAGCCUUCACUGCAGGGUCAAAGGUCAGACUGGAGCCCUGCAACACCAAAGAGUCCAGACAGAAAUGGAAGCCCCGAGGGCCGGCGUUGCAGCACAUGAUGAGUGGCUUGUGUCUGGAUAGCCAGCCUCCUUCAGGCCCACCGCUCAUCACUCAGUGCCGCCCCCUGGUGGCCAGCCAAUCCUGGGAGCCGCAGCUGGUCACCUGACUUGCAGAGCUCACAGGGAGGGCGGGGAAAGGGGAGGAGUUUCGUAAGGUUGCUGAGCUCGAGGUGCCGGAGGAGCCGGAGGAAAACGUUUGCACACUGUUUUAGUUGAAGGUGCUGAUCUCAAACGAAUCCAACAUGACCAUGUCCAAAACAUCUGACCUCAUAUCUUCAUCAUGGAGUGGCUGAAGAGGGAAAAGCAACAUUUUGCCUGCCGAACCGAAGCCUGA